UAGGGAAACGAGAUCUGGACAAAAAUUCCUUCAUUUUCUUUCUUCCCAAACAACGGCAAUGGGACUGGUAAUCGAGAGCGAAGCAUGGGAGCCAAAUCAGUUGCUGUAUCUCUUCAUAUUAAUAUCAUGCUUCCUCUCGAUCUCCUUCUUUUCUCGCCGCUCGACCAACUCCAACAACAGAGCUCCCACUCUCUUCGACCAAUCUCUCCCGUCUUCUUCUUCGUUCCUUCGCUUCCAGCGGAGAUUCCUUCUUUUCUAUUCUCUCUCCUCAGUGAUGGAAGGAUUGUGGUCUGUUUUUGGGGAAUAUGAUUUGGCAUAUUAUGGUGUUAAUAAGGAGAAGAUGGUGUUGUCUCUUUGUGUGGGUUAUGCAGCCGCCCUCUUCAUUGGUACUUUCUUGGGAAUACUAUCUGACCUAAUAGGCCACAAGAAAGUGUGUUUGAUGUAUUGCAUCCUGCACCUCUUUGUUGGCAUGUGGAAGCGAUUUUUUGCGCAUCCAAGCGUCUGGUUAGCAAGCAUUUGUCUCUCUCUUGCCAGUUCAAUAUUUUCCUUCAGUUUUGAGACAUGGAUGGUGGUUGAGCAUGACAAGCUAGGGCACAGGCAGGACACAUUGAAUGAUACGUUUUGGUUAAUGACAUUCACUGAGUCUGUAUCUUUCGUCGGUAGCCAAAUGAUGGCAAAUUGGCUGGUUCAUCGUGGUAUGGAGACUAGUGUCAUUUCUCCUUCCACUGCAGCAGUAUUGCUGGCAAUUCUCUCUAUCUUUUUUGUCACUCGAGUAUCGAAAGAAGUUCCACAAGCAUCAGCCUUUAAAGAUUAUGGAAGAGAUUUCACUGCAUAUAUCUUUGGGGAUAAACGGGUAUGGAUUUUAGCAUGGGCACAAGCUUCUGUUCAAUUCUCCAUUGCAGUCUUCUGGAUUCUGUGGGCUCCUGCCAUAGUGGCUGAUGGACGAGAAGUGAAGCUAGGGUUGAUAUAUCCUUGUUUGCUGGGUGGUAGAAUGCUAGGAAGCACAGCAUUCCCAUGGUUUUUCACUGGACCAUUAUCUCUUCGAACAGAGGAUUGCCUGGUGUAUGUGUUCAUGGUAAUGGGUAUUGUGUUGUCCAUACUGGCUUAUGAUUAUCAGGAAAUUGGACUUCUUGUAACCCUAUUCUGUUUAUUUCAUGCUUGUGUUGGCCUAAUUUUACCUUCGCUUGCCAGAUUGAGGACAAUGUAUGUACCGGAUAAGUUGCGUGGAGGGAUGAUUAGCCUUUCUCUAGCCCCUGCUAAUGCAGCAAUUCUGUUUCUUCUACUGCAAAGAGGCUACUAUCAGAACAUUGAGAAUUCGACAAUCUUGGCAUUUGCUGCUCUCGGUCUGUUCUCUGCAGCAGGUUGCUUGCAUCUUUUGAAGUUCUGGGGUAAGCAACCCCACCAAAACUGGCACAAGCCGUGAUAUCAUAUGCUUUGGAUCUUUGUUUAGAUUGAUAAGAGGAGAUUGGAGAGACACUGAAACUGAAGAAACCACAAAUAUUUGGAAACCCUCUAAAUCAUGCAAAGGAUCCUGGUGAAUAAAAGCAAAAAACGGUUCAAUAUUCACCAUUGCCGAUCAAGACAUGGUGGAGAUAGACUGAAGGUGAAGGGCAGAUGGAAAUAGGAAACUUCACUACUGAAUUGGUCUCUGGAGACCUGGAUUUAAUUCAUUUCCCUUCUACACCAUGAAAUCACUGCAGCAAAACUAAUGAGGAUAAAGAGAUCUACAUGUUGAUUUACUGAUCUUCCGAUGUGCGGAUGGCGGCUUUAUUGUGUUCAUGUCUAUCAUUAGAGGGUUUGCUGAUAGAUAUCUUGAACUUUAGCCAGUCUGAUGUAAAUCCCCAAAGGCAUGAGAUGGUCCCUCGCGGAUGGAAUCAUAUUUUUAGUUCAAUUAUUCAUCCAUUCAUUGACAAAAUGACAAAUUGGAAACAUUUCAAAAAGCUUAUGGAGCAUUAUCGAUUAUGGAUUCAAACAUUUCAAGGAGAGUGAGCUUUACUUUAUGCAAAAGCUUGCAUGAAUUGAAAUGUUAUCAUGUGUCCAAUUACAAAAAUUGUCAUUAUAUCAUUCCAUUUCAGAACACCUGUGCCAAACAAAGUUAUUGGUAUUUCAUGUGCAAAUACUGAAUGAAUAAUGUUUGCCAUUGAAACUGCCAUAUGCACAUCUAAGUUAAUUGUUCAGCGUGACAUUGAAAUGUUGCUCAAGGCACACAUGCCUAAAUAUUGCAAUGAGAAGGCCAAUUAUGUACUAC